GGGGAGGGUGGCCGGAGCGCGGCCGAGAGGCGGCUGGAGGCGCUCACUCGAGAGCUGGAGCGGGCGCUGGAGGCGCGCACAGCGCGGGACUACUUCGGCAUUUGCAUCAAGUGUGGCCUUGGCAUCUAUGGAGCAAGACAGGCAUGCCAGGCCAUGGGGAGCCUGUACCACACGGACUGCUUCACCUGUGACUCCUGUGGGAGACGGCUCCGCGGGAAGGCAUUCUACAACGUGGGUGAGAAAGUGUACUGCCAGGAGGACUUCCUGUACUCCGGGUUCCAGCAAACAGCCGACAAGUGUAGCGUGUGUGGACACCUCAUCAUGGAGAUGAUCCUGCAGGCCCUCGGCAAGUCCUACCACCCAGGCUGCUUCCGGUGCUCUGUGUGCAAUGAGUGCCUGGACGGGGUGCCCUUCACCGUGGACGUGGAGAACAACAUCUACUGUGUCAGAGACUAUCACACGGUUUUUGCACCAAAAUGUGCCUCCUGUGCCCGUCCUAUCCUCCCUGCACAGGGCUGUGAGACAACCAUCCGUGUGGUGUCCAUGGACAGAGACUACCACGUGGAGUGUUACCACUGUGAGGACUGCGGGCUGCAGCUGAGUGGGGAGGAUGGACGCCGCUGUUACCCGCUGGAGGGCCACCUGCUCUGCCGCCGCUGCCACCUGCGGCGCCUCCGGCCCGGCCCGCUGCCCUCACCGGCUGUGCAUGUCACAGAGCUCUGAGCAAGGGCAGGGGCGACCCUGGGGCCGACAGGUGUGGGCGUGGGAGGGAGGUCUGGAUGGUGGCCCAGGUCAGUGUUGGGUGACCUGACUACCACGUCCACCCCACCUCCGCUCCACACUUGCCACCGAGCUGCUGUCCUGUCCGCAGGGGCCGGACCCCCGCGUUGAAGCUACUUCUAUUUAUUCACCGUCUGUGUCUCCUCAAGCCGCUCCCCUCUGCCUCCCACCCAUCCUGUCACCGGCUCUCUGUUCCCAGAUCCCCUGUGCACCACUUUCAGGGGCAGUCUGGAACACCACCUGUCUGGGGCCACCGCCCUGUGCUUUGGCCUGGCCUCCCAGCGGGAGCUGGUUUCCCUUGUUUAGAAGGAGCCUGGGACCCCUCCAAGUGCACUCCCAGGAACAAGGUGUGGUCCGGAAGGCAGAGAGCAUGCGUUUUUGUGUCCCAUAAGUGCCUCGCCUGCUGGUGGGUGGGCAGGGUGCCUUGUUUGAGUGGAGUCACAGGAGGGUGUGGGAAAUGACACCCCUGGGGAUUGGGGCCUGCAAAGGGGCACAUCCUUUGACUAUUGUGGUCACUGGAAUUUGGCCAUGGGAACUCAGAUGGGUGUUUUCAGCCACAAUUCCUGCCGGGUCCCCACUUCCUGGCUCCUGGCUUGGGCCUCCCUUUUCACCCCCCACAACCUCCUCUUGGGAAAAGCACCUCGGCACAGAAUCCAACCACAGUUCUGUCAAGAGGGACCCGAGGGGUGCCCUGCCCGCGCGGCAGGGAGGCACCUGUACGCUCACACUGUGUACCAGGCUCCACAACAAAAGGAUAUGAUUUGACUUAAAUUAAGUUUUUCCUUUGAGGAUAUUUUCAUUUUCUUUAAAAGAAUAUAGUUUUUCUUCUAAGAACUUGGACCAAGGUUGUUAUUUCUUGAGAAAAUUAUAGCAAACUCACAGAUGUCCGAUUUGUAUAUCAUGUAGCUAGUGUCAGGGGAUGAGAACAUUGUGGUUGAACUAUUUUUGUAUAAAUUUCUCUAAAAGCUUGCAGUAUGUGUCUGCCUUUCACACUUUAGAAUAGUGUGGGGUUGUGUGUCUGUGUCCUAAGAACAGUGACCUAAGGAAGUAGAGCUGGGGGUGCAGAUUAAUUUAU